CAAAUGGAUAAAAUUGAUAUUUCAGCUAUGGCUUUUUUAGGGGCAAUUCUAAACAUAGGAGCAUGAUCUAUAACUAGCUGGGGAUGGAAGUUGUAUCUGUUAGACAAAACUCAGGAAAAAUUAACCCACCCUCCGCCAUAUCAACCCGCCAAAUUCUAAAGUUCCGUCUGUAGAUUUGUGUCUCAUCUCCGUGUUGAAACGUUACCUCUGGGAUUGUUUCGACGGAGUGCUCGACGAAAAUGGCUACGUGGAGCGACGUUGAACUUCUGACCAACGAGGACACAAACACUGUCCGCCUCGGCGGUGUGUCCAAGGAGGAGAAUGGAAGCGGCUUGUAUCAGGUGGACACACUGGUCAAGAUCUCGACCGCAAGUGAGGUGCAGACGGAUCCCCGUCUCUCCUCCUCCAGUGGCUCAAACUGGAACAUCGUUGUUGCCGACAAGACGGUGAUCCUGUUUGACCAGAGCUACCAGGCCAUCCUGCUGCUCCUUCAUUUCGAAACAAAUGUGGAUGCCAUCGAUGUCUGCAUGGAGGGACAGUUUUUGGUGGUUUGUGAAAGAAACGGAAACCUUAACUUGGUCUAUGUGCCAACCAGAAAAAUCCUUCUCACCACGGCGUUGGUAGAGAAAUCAUCCAAUGAGGAUAAGAAAACCUACCGCUAUCUCAUCAUAGAAGAGAACAAGGCUUUGUUAGGGACGUACCAUGUGUUCCUUCUCGUAAAGGAUGGGUUUUUCCACAUUACAAACCUUGCAUUGGCAAAGAUCGAGACAGCCAUUGAAAACAAGGAUUUGGGAGCUUUGAAAGAGCUGCAGUCGCUCAUAAAGAUAGACUUCUGCCCCACCGGUCACUACCAUGAUGAGGGCUGCAGUACAGCAGUGACGUUCAAUCUGGGUCCUGAAAUCCACUUAAUGAUCGGGGGGGAUAAAGAAAGUAUCGUGACUCACUGGACGAUGGACCCUCAUCAGGGCAAGAUGUGCCUCGCUGACUCGAUCAACAACAGCUUGAUUCCAGGUGUUCGGAAGAUGGUGGUUGUGGAAAAUCUCUUGUAUAUUCUUGACACGGAGGAUGCCCUGAGUCUCUGGGACCUACAUUUCCUUGUCAUGAUUCACUGUUGGCAGGAUCUUUCCAUCCACGACUUUGAGCUCACUACAGAAUGUGGCUCCGCCUCCAUGGUGUCCCAAGACAAGGGAAGCAUGAAGAUGAUCACACUAACAAAGCAAGACAAGAGUCAGAUCAACUCACUGGAAAUACGAUUUCUGCCCUCGAUGACUAUUUGCUACUCUCUUGAUGUCUCCUCAGUCUCCUGUCUUGUCCAGACAAAAAUAAACAUGGAUACCAUUUAUUUAGUUGAGGGGAUUUGUGAGAACCCAGAAAGUCGCGGAGAGCCUGUUUCUGCUGUGGUUGUCAGAUGCUUCACAGAGGCUUUGCCUGAGAACAGACUUAGCAGACUUCUCCACAAACACAUGUUUGAGGAAGCUGAAAAGUUUGCCAUCACAUUUGAACUGGAUUUGGAGCUUGUGUACAAGGUGAAGCUUGACUUUGUGCUGGAGCAGCUGGCCUCUGCCUCGGUGGGCGGCUACGGACAGGAUGUGUGGUCUGAGCUCGUGGAGGAGGCCAAGACCAACCUGAUGAAGAUCACAGAUGAGCAGUAUGUGGUGGAAUACUGCCUCAAGGCUCCGUGGCCGACCUUUGAGACGGCAGAGAAGAUCCUGAGCCACGCUGCCACGCGCUACUCCUCCUUACAGAUCCAAGAGGCCCUGGCCAGGCUGGCGACGUUCUGCAGCCUGCACGGCCCUGAUAACUUCAACGGCAUUGCCUGGAUUGAGUUUUUGAACAGCAGCGACAAUUUAGGAGAAAUUCUGACCUACCUGAGAGAGGGAGACAUGAAGGGUGCACAACUCAUUUGGCUCCGAUAUGAGGGACAGAUUGCAGCGGAUUAUGAUGAGAGCAAACUCGAAGCGGUGCUCGGUGCCAUCCCAGAGGAUCUGCCAUCCCAAGACCUCUGUCCUUGGUUGAGGGCAGUUUUUGUUCCUUUUGUGAGGAGAGUGCUUCCAGCAGGACAAAAAAUCCUGGCGAGAUGGCUGGAGCAGAGGACAAGGAAUCUAGAGUUAACAGAAAAGGCUGCUUGGCCCCAGAACGGGUUGGACAUGGCUGUGGUUGGACUUCCUUCUCUGUGGACCUGGUUGAAAUCUGAUGAUAAUUACGAUGCAGAGGAGGUGGAGAACCUCAAGUCCCUGGUGUCCAACCUACGUCGGCUCCUGGACCUCCAGCAGAAAUACGACUGCAGACUUUCACUUUCUGUCUUUGAGAAGGGGAGUGUUCGUAGCGUUGCGUUCUUCAUGCUGGAUAAAGUGCCGGCUCCUGAGCUGAUUGCCACCACAGUGGAAAGCAGCGUCCUGCCGUAUGCCGAAGAGCAUGAGAUUCCUUUGGAUGAGUUGCUCCUCCAGUACAUCAAGGAUCUGCUGGAGCGCUGUAGUUCUCAGACUACCACACUUUUCACUGAAUGGGAAGCCAAAGCAGUGGCUGUGCAGGCUUGCAUGACUGACACUGACCUGAUGGUGGAUGCUGUGCUGGAGAUCAUGCAGAAGGCUGUUGUGCCCUGGAGUAAUGUGGUAGAAAAACUCGUUCAACAGUACCUGGAGAUGGAUGGACCAAAACAAGGGCUUCUGAAGGAGAGUUACUGUCUGAUGGAAAUCAGGAAGCUUCUCCGGGGCUACGGCAUCCGCAACUUCAACCUCUCCAACAGCACUCAAACAAUGACACUGAUUAGAUACAUACUGAAGCAAGACUUGCCAAUGUCUCUACAAGACUCCCUGACAUUAGCUGAGGCGUACAAACUCCCAACCUCGCAGAUAAAUUACUUGCAUCUCAUCCAGCUCAUUGGCCACAGCAAGACCGAGGAAAGCAUGGCUGUCCUGAAGAGGCUGUCCUCUGAGGAGGCAGAAUGUGUGAUCAAGCGUCUCACCUCCUGGGCCAGACUGCAGCUGGAGGACAAAGCCCACAUAUCGGAUGAGCACAAGAAACACCAGAUGGUCAUAGCUCAAGUGAUGGUGGAGGCUCUGAAAUACCUGUACACAAUCCAAAAACAUGACGCUCUGAAAAGCAUGGAGUGCGAAAACAACCUCAUCAUGUUUAAGGCGAUCGCCAGCCUGCAGGAGGAUUUUGAUGUUUUCUUCAACCCCUCAAACUAUGAGGACCCAAACAUCCGAAAGCAAAUCCAGGAGCAUCACAUCACCGCCUAUGAAAACACGCACGGCCGUCGCUCAUCUCAGGGGAAGACCACGCCGACUCCGGUGGUGGCUAACGACCCCGAUGGCAAGAUCAAGACAAUCUCCACAGAAGCUGGCUUACGUCGUCUAGGAAGGCAGCUGCAGCGCACCGAACAAGAGCUCUGGUCCGACUUAGCGCUGCGAGCUCUAGGCGUGGGGAAGGUGGACAAGGCCCUCAAGAUCCUCAGUGAGCUGUAUGAGCACCAUUACAACACCUGCACAGGGAAGGUUUUGUACACCGCCGCCAAGACGUUAUGCCAGAUGCUGGAGGCAGAUGUGCCAAUGGUGCUUCCUGAAGACAUGGACUUGCCAGCAGUCAUCCAUGACCUCGCCUGCCAGGCUAUCGCUACGUGCCACGCAGAUCUGCUCCUGGACUGUCUGGAGCUCUGCAAGUGCACACGGAUAGCGAUGGAUGUCUAUCAUCAGUGUCAGUUAUCAGACAACUAUGGCUUCAUAGCCAAGGAUUCGACUGCGGAGACAGAAAAAGAUCCACGUUCUCAGUGGAGUUUUCAGGAUGUUUUUACUGAAGACUGUAUUGUUCUGGACCCAGUGUCUGUGCUUCCAGUCCAGUAUGAAAUUACCAACUGCCUGCUGCCGGUUUCUCUGGAUACCAAACUGCACCCUCUGGACUGUUCCUGUCUGGCACACUGCUCGUUUGAAGACGGUUCAAACUACCUUCGGCCCCUCCUGGGUCCUCUGACCAACAUGUUGCAGAUGUUACAAGAGUGCAGUCAGCUGGAGUUGGCCCUCAGAGUGCUGGUCAACUCAUACGGCAGCUGCCUGCAGCACGUCACCUCUAAUGUUAUGGACAUAAAGCUUAGUGUACAGCUGUAUGAUACCCAAGAACUUAAGAAGUACAAUUUAUGCUUAAAUACUCUUCGAAAGACAACUACUUUGACUCUGAACGCUGUCGCUGUGGCUCUCUUGAACAAGGUGUUCAACUGGAGGGUGGUUGACUGUGAUUUGGCUAUUGGUCUCUGUACACUCCUCUCCAAAGCAGAAGUCUUCAAAAUACUGUGGAAGGUUAUUGACAACACCUGGCAAAACUACGACAAAAUCUUGGCGGUAGCGAGGAUUGGGGCCGAUCUCUGCUGCUUGUAUGGUGAGGCAGAGGAACAAGAGAAGUUUCUCUCCGUCAUCACUGAUGCUGAAUGGGGCAUCAAGCUUGGCAAAAUGGAGAUAUCCAUCCAGCCGGUGUUCCGUCAGCGGCCGGAGAUGAAGAGCAGCCUGAUCCCCGACUUGGUUAAAAACCGGAGAAUCACUCCAGACAUUAUCCUCCAGUACUGCAGCACCUUCGGUCUGGAUCCCGACAGUGUGAUCAACCGGUACAUCACCACCUUACUGCUGCUCCAGGAGGACGAGGAAGCGGCAGGUGACCCAGAGACGCAGCCGCUGUGUCACGCAAACGCACUGGAGCGAGUCCUGCAGAUAAUCCCAAUGUUGCACAACACCAGCGAACUCACAGACAGUCUCUGUGCUGCCAUAUACAAGCUCAGCCCUUACAACUAUGAGAGGAUUGAAGUGGUGCUGAAGAUCAUCGCGGCUGCAGAUGAGAAUGUGACGACUUUUUCCGUUUGUCAGGCAAUGGGCCUCCUUCAACACCUGAAGUCCUACAAGCGCGUGUCUCCUGCCUCAGAUGUGGAGAACACCUAUCUUCUAGAAAACAGUCAGCUUCCAAACCGGCUGUCCAACAGCAGACUGCCCUUCCACCUUCUAAUGCAAACCAAACAUUACUGGAAAAUUAUCUCUCCUGAGCUCAGUGAGGAGAACUUCCCUACUCUUCUUUUGAUUAGCAAACUGAUGAAGGUGAGCCUGGACAAGUUGUACAUGGCAGCAGCAAACCAUGUGUUUGAGAAGAAGAUGAAGCCUUUACUCUUGGAACAGAGGAAGAAGGGUAGGGGUCAUGGCUCCAAUGGGGAGACUUUCAGGGUAGCAAAGACCAUGAUGAAGUACAUCCAAUGCAUCCAGUGCCCUGAGUGGGCAGCGGCUACAGCCCACAAGAUCACCCAGGAGCUGCCACCAGGCCCUGAGAAGACACAGUCUCUGAGGUUCUGUUUGGCCCUCGGAGAUGCCUGGCUGAGGGAUCCAAAACUUGAAGAGUCUGCGCGGGCCAGAGGGGAGACAUUUCUGUCCAAGCUGAAACUGCAGUUCCAGCGCUCGGCCACCGAGAACAUCUUGAUCACGAGCCAGCUGAACAGCCCAGAGCAUCUGAAGCUGACUGGGCUGCCAGCCAGGCUCAUAGUGGCCCUGUAUGAGCACAGCGGUGUGGAGCAGCGCUACAGGGAAUCAGGAGGGCAAAUCUAUCCCGACAUACAUGCAGUGGUGAAGGAAAUCGCCUGCAUUAACAAUGUGGAUCUCCUGAAAAUCCGUAACAUGAUGUUGGAAAAAUGGAUCUGCAAAACGGGCGCCACUGUCCCCAAGGCUUCUGGCAAUGAAGAAUGUGUCCGCAACAUCGAGGAGGAUCCGGACUUAAUGAGGGUGGUGUACAUGCUGCAGUCUUGCCCCAUGGAGGAUGCCGUCCGUCUUCUAAACCCUAUCCUAUCUGCCCAAACCUGGCCCCUCAGUGCUUCUGGGCCUCGUCUGACCUUCUGCCAUCGGACUCGUGCGCUUCUUUGUCUCGUCCGUCUCGCCGAUUCGGCCACUCUGGAGGCUCAGUUGCAGAUUCCCAAGACCAAAAUUCAAUGUUACCUGAGGUGCUACAUCUUUGUCUCUCAACUGGAGGCAUUAAACAUCCCUUACACGGUGCAGUCCUUCCUCAGCAGCCCCAAAGAGGGCUUGGUUAAAGGGCUGUGGAAGAACCACAGUCAUGAGCCGCAGGCGGUGCGGCUGGUGGCCGACCUGUGCUUGGAGUACCGGGUGUACGACCCGCAGCUGUGGAACAGUCUCCUUCAGAAGCUGCUGGGCUUCAACUUGAUCGGCCACCUGCAGAAGGUGCUGGAGGCAGUAGUGGCUGUGCCGGCUCUGUGGGAGAUUUCCAGUUUCUCCAGGACCUGGAGGAGCAUGAUACUGGCACCUUUUGUUUCAGCAUCUGUUCCUCUGAGUCCUGAUCAACAGGCGACUCUCUACAGGACUUUUGUUCUCCUCCUCAAGUGUCCUUUCCUGUUGAAUCUGGACCUGGUAGGAAUUGCCAAUCGCUUUGCACAGUUCAACCUGCCAGCCUUUGCCCUGGGAACACUCCUGCUCAUCCCAUGUGCCAAUAAAAAGGCCCAGCAGAUACAUGGCUUUCUGUCUGUGUGUAACCCAGUCGCUGUCCUGGAGCAGGUGGAAGAGCUCAUGAACACUGGGGAAUUAGCUGGAGUUCCCUCACAGGUCAGGGAAACCGUGUUAACUUUCGUCAGCCAAAGUGGACAACACCAGAAACUUCUCAAGACCAAACACUUCAAGCAUCUGAAGCAGCUCAUUGUAUCGAGUGGGCGACUGAACCAGGUGAAAGAGUUGGUGGAAUACCUGAUCAGUCAGAACUGUCAGGACGAUGCGGACUCAGUAGCUCGUGAGUACAUGAAGCUCAGCGAGCAACAGGGAGGGAAAGCGCUCCCAAGCAGCUCACCGUCACCGUGCUGCCUAAAGGACUUUCUCAACAUGCAAAAUGGAGUGUCGGGAUGAAGAAACAUUUCUGCAGCUGUAUAUUAUACAUUCCUAACAUGUCUCUGAUGAGAUGCAGUAUUUGCACAACUAUACAUAUUUACAUUGUGCAAGUAAUGCUUGGAAUAAAUGCUUUACUUCAUUCAUUGUGCGGUGGAAUUCUUGAAAAGAGAUCAGUAUGCAAAAUUAAAUAAUCACAAUCA